ACACAUAUACACGCGCACAUAUAAGGAAUGUAUAUGUACAUGUGUAUAUACAGGGUACUAAGACACAUAUAUCUAUAUAUCUAUAGAUAUAGGAGAAGAAAUCUUUCCGAAAAAUAAAGGAUCGAAUUUCUUCCUACAUCCCAAAGAAGACAACUCCGUAUUUAUCGAGGAAGAAGGAAAAUGACGGGAAGAGGAGAUGACGUGGAGAAAAUCAACGGUAAAUCUGAGCCGUUGCUGGGGCCGGAGAAGGGAUCCGACGGCGACGAGGUUUCGUGGAUGGUUUACGUCAGCACUUUCAUCGCCGUCUGCGGUUCCUACGAGUUCGGAUGCGGCGUGGGUUAUUCUGCUCCGACACAGUUCGGGAUCAUGGAAGAGAUUAAGCUGUCAUAUUCCGAGUUUGCAGUUUUCGGUUCGAUUGUGAACAUCGGAGCUAUGCUUGGAGCUAUCACAUCUGGAAAAAUAUCUGAUUUCGUGGGCCGAAAGGGGGCUAUGAGAGUGUCAUCGAUAAUCGGAACCGUUGGAUGGUUGAUUAUUUACUUAGCCAAGGGAGCUGUGCCUUUGGAUUUGGGAAGAUUUUUGACUGGUUACGGCUGCGGAACCCUUUCCUACGUGGUUCCAGUGUUCAUUGCGGAGAUUGCUCCUAGGAAGCUACGAGGAGCUUUGGCAACGCUUCAUCAGCUCUUUAUCGUGAUCGGCUUGGCGGCGAUGUUCGUCAUUGGCGCCGUGGUGAAUUGGAGGAUCCUUGCUCUUACGGGAGUUAUACCGUGUGUGGUUCUGUUCUUCGGAACUUGGUUCAUCCCCGAGUCACCGAGAUGGUUGGAAAUGGUUGGACGGCAUCGUGAUUUUGAAUUCGCGUUGCAGAAACUGAGAGGUCCUCACGCUGAUAUCACCAGAGAAGCCGAAGAAAUCAAGGAGUACUUGGCGACUCUUGCUGACAUCCCGAAAGCUACACCGAGAGACCUAGUAGACAAGAAGAAUAUCCGAUUUGUGAUAGUUGGAGUUGGUUUAAUGGUUUUCCAACAAUGCGUCGGAAUAAACGGCGUAAUCUUCUACGCACAACAAAUUUUUGUAUCUGCCGGAGCGUCUCCGAAUGUCGGGAGCAUCCUUUACUCGAUCGAACAGGUUAUUAUUACAGCACUCUGUGCGACUUUGCUGAUCGAUCGGCUUGGAAGAAGGCCUCUCCUAUUGGCUUCGGCUACCGGCAUGCUAGUAGGCUGUUUGCUCAUCGGAACUUCUUUCAUUUUGAAGGCGCACGGUUUAGCACUUCACCUCAUCCCGACUCUCGCAAUGGGUGGCGUCUUGGUGUAUAUCGGAUCUUUCUCUAUGGGAAUGGGUGCGGUCCCUUGGGUCAUAAUGUCUGAGAUAUUUCCUAUAAACUUGAAGGGAAUAGCGGGGGGGCUUGUGACACUGGUGAAUUGGCUAAGCUCCUGGUUUGUCUCAUUCACUUUCAACUUGCUCAUGCUUUGGAGCCCAUAUGGUACGUUUUACGUGUACGGGGUCGUAUGUGUGCUGGCGAUUAUCUUCAUAGUAAAGCUUGUGCCCGAAACCAAAGGCAAAACUUUGGAAGAGAUCCAAGACAUGGUUUUAACUAGCUAAGAUUCAUUCAUUUUUACAAUUUUAUUGUUGUACUUGUUCAUUAUUUAUUUACAACCAAAAUGUAUUAAUUCAAAUCUUGUAUUCAUACAUUCACCAAUAAGGUAUUUUGGGAUGUUUUUUUUA